AUGGCCUCCAUCGUCCACAAGUCCAUGGAGUUCUCCUCGCAUCCUUCGUCUGCUAAUGUCGACAAGGUGGUCGAGUCCGUGACGAACGCCACUAAGCGUUUGUCCCAGAUCUCCACUACAACCAAUAACUCCAGCAAGAAGAAGAAGACCCAGAACCGUAUCGGUCCUUGGAAGCUAGGCAGAACGCUAGGCAGAGGCUCUACGGGAAGAGUCCGCCUUGCGAAGAACGUGGAUACCGGUAAACUAGCUGCUGUGAAAAUCGUGCCCAAGCUGAAUUUCAAGAAGCUUGAAAACCCAAAGUACAAGAACUCGGAUGCCACGAAGCUUCCUUAUGGCAUUGAGCGUGAAAUCAUCAUCAUGAAACUCAUUUCUCACCCCAACAUCAUGGGUCUUUACGAUGUCUGGGAAAACAAGAACGAUUUGUACUUGAUUCUUGAAUACAUUGAAGGCGGCGAGCUUUUUGACUACUUGAUCAAACGUGGCAGGUUGCUGGAAUACGAAGCCAUCAAUUACUUCAAACAAAUCAUUCAUGGUAUUGGAUAUUUGCAUCAAUUCAACAUCUGCCAUCGUGACUUGAAGCCAGAGAACUUGUUGCUUGAUUUCAACAAGAACAUCAAAAUCGCCGACUUUGGUAUGGCUGCUUUACAAGUCAAUGAAAAGCUCCUAGAGACUUCUUGUGGGUCCCCUCACUAUGCAUCGCCAGAAAUUGUUGCUGGUAAGAACUAUCAUGGAGCUCCUUCUGAUAUUUGGUCUUGUGGUAUCAUCCUCUUUGCUUUGUUGACUGGUCACUUACCUUUUGACGAUGAAAACAUCCGCAAGCUCCUUAUGAAAGUUCAAAACGGUAAAUUCAUCAUGCCUAGCGCCUUGUCCUGGGAAGCUAAAGAUCUUAUAUCUAGAAUGUUGAGAGUGAACCCAACCGAGAGAAUUCUGAUCGGAUCGAUUUUGAAGCAUCCUCUCUUGACAAAAUAUCCAGAUCCACUGUCCAUCAGUUCAAAGUCAGACAAUGAUUUGAUUCUCCACUCCAACAUCAGACCUAUCCAGCUGAGAGAGAAGAUUGACAAUGAGAUAUUGCGCAACUUGUGUAUCUUGUUCCACAACUGCAAGGAAGAGCAUAUCAUCAAUUGUUUGUUGGCCCAAGAAAGAUCACCCGAAAAGAUGUUCUAUUAUCUCUUGAUGAAGUACAGAAAUGAGCAUUUGCUGAAUUCUCCGUCAAACUAUGCUGCAGAUGAAGAUGAAGAUGUUCCAAAUAAUGAGGAGCUUCCUCGCUCCAGCUCAACGGUGAAAACCACGAUAACCGCUGCAGACGGUAGCUCUCGUACAUCCACCAAGAAGAUUCCUCGCUCUGCGUCCUCGGCUUCCUCAGCAUCGAAUAAAAGCCGUAAGCGUCCUUUGGCUAAUGUGACCAACAAGACAUACACUGCUUCAAACGCUCGCACUAAGCGUUCUAAUAGCAGGCCAGCUUCACGAAAUGCUUCUAGCAGAUCACUUCAAAGCAAGCAUAGGGUCCUUUCCACUCAGAAUCAGAAUAUUUCGACAUCGAUCCGCACAGAGGAAGCUAAACCUAUCUCGAGAACUGUCACUCCUCAUGCCAAUCAGUUGAAUCAAAUCGCCAAAUCAGAGGAAGAUAAAGAGAAUGUCUGCGGGCUGGAACCACAAAAGGUAGAGAAAAAAUCUACGAAAAAGCCAGACAUUGUACCAAGAGAUGGUACCAUCUUUCAAUUCCAGAAGAUUUGUCAAGAUAUAUUUGGGUCUGAUGUUGAUCACAAGUCGGUGUAUGAUAUGACUCUUACUCUGGACAAGAGAAAUCUCACAAGGGAUACGAUCCACAAACUUGAGGUCCUUAAUAACCGUAUGAGUAAGGCUUCUUUGGUCCUUCCAAAACUUCCCUUGACUCCUGAGGCAUCCUCUCGUGACGUUAGAGUGCCGCCAAAGUCAGAGGAGGAACCAACAAAGCUGGCUGAGAAACACAAGAGGAACCUUUCGGGAAUAGAGCAAAGAGAGAAGGAGUUGGCUGCACUGGUACAGAGAAAGAACGAUGAGCGUGAGUUAAGAUACAAGCAAAAUGACGAACAUCUUGCUCGCAUGAAUGAGGAACGUAAGAAGCAAUCGCUACUCUUGAAGGCUAAACUGAAGGAAGCUUCCCGCUUGAUCCAUCGCAACACUUCUCAAAGAAUAAUGUCCGAGCCGUAUCAACCCACGUCCUUAGAUCCAAAGUCUUCCUUGCUUAGAUCAAAAACACUUGCGUCAAGGACGCCUUCACUUUCAGCAAACCCCAAGCGUGACAGAAAUGCCAUCGUAUUGCAAAGAUUGGGUAUUGAGUUCAAGCAGCCACAAUCAAUCAGCCGUGCAUCGUCUUUCCUGAAAACUUCUACGUCGAAGGACUUGGUUCUCAAGGGAGAGAAGGAACCUAAGAGUCAGGAUGAAGCAGACUACUCCAUUGAUCUCAACAAGACACUUCCAAGUAUCAGGCUGCAAAAGUCAACCAUUGAGGAAGUCAGCGAGCCUAGUUAUUCUGACAAAUCCGGAACGGAUGCUGAAUCUAGUGCUGUUUCAUCACAUUCGCAGGAUAAUCAGAAAAGCACUAAACGGAAUAGUUUCAAACCUUUACUUGAUGUUGCCGAAGAGAAGAAAGAGGCUACGACCAAGAAGCCAGAGACAAGUGGGCGGGAUUCUGAUCUUACCCGUAUGAGCGUACGCACACAUGCUGACUUGAUUCCUAACCCAAGGUUCUCCCGCUUCUCGUUCAAUGAAAUCCUCAAGCCUAAUACCGACCUAGCUGAUGCUACAAUUAUUGAGGGUACCCGGAGUUCAGGAACUGUCAAGCGUUCGUCCAGACAAACGCUCAAUACUAAGCAAGGUAACGGCCUCAUCAAGAAGUCCCCUACUCGUGAUCUUCAGGGAUUGGGCAUCAUCAUUGACAAGAGCCAAUCUCUUCAUUCUAGGAAUGCUUCGAAGGCAUCGGGAGAGCACAACUUUGUUUCGAUUAACGCUUCUGAUGAUGAAUGCAGCGCCAACUGUACUACUCUUCAGAAGGAUGCUAUCAGCAUAAUGGAUGAAUCUGAGCUGAGCGGGGCAGAGGAUUACAACUUGUCCAACGAGAUCGUUGAUAUGAAUCGAACGGCAGAAGAGCAAAGGAGAUUGCUGCUCAAGGCGUCCCAGAGGCGUACCUCUCAUUUCACGCAAGAUCACGGUAAUGAACUGCUGGCUAAAGGAUCGCAUAAGAGUUCUAAAGAAACCUUGGUGGGUGAUAAUGAAGAGAGAAGCUGGUCUCAUAAGUCUCAUAACACAUUACUUCCUGAGGAGCUCUCGUCGCAUGGCAGGACCAGAAGUAUCUCGGCCAAAUCAACCUUCUCCAGAAGAUCUGAGUUCAGAGAUGACAUUGUUCAAGACAACGUGUUGGAUACUUCUUCGCUUGCAGAGAAUACUCAUGCGUCUUACGAUGCUUUAGAAGGUGGUCUAAUGUCCCAAGGUGAUGAGUUCAAGCCUGCGCCUUUCACGACAGAGAAGGAUACAUUCACAGCACAAGAUGAAAUCCAGGAUGACCAUUGCAGCACUAUUGCUCCAAAGGAUUCAAACAAUGAUGAAGAGCUUGAGGUACCACAAAGAUCGCCUAAUCGUCCUAGGCGCCAGACUCUCGGAUCUCUUCGUCGUUCAGCUGCCUCCACACAGAUCUUUAGCACCAUGCACAUGAAAGAAGCUGCAACACAAGGAACGCCGCCAAUGGAUGGUGAAGCUGCGAAUCAAGACAUUCCUAAGCUGGAAAUCAAGUCUGGUCUGACAACACCCGUCUUCGGACAAUUGCCACUCGGCGUUUCUUCCAAGCCUUCAAGGAGUCUGAAAAAGUGGAGCUUGAUGCCUAGAAGAAGGGCUCCACAUGCUCCUGGUGACGAUACAAUCAAAGAAGAGUCAAAAACUAGAGGUCAUAAUAGAUUCUCGGGUAUCUCGCUUGUUUCCAACGCAAAGAGGUUCGUUGCACCCAAACCAGAGGACACACCAAAGUCCCCCGCGGGUGCUGGAUGGUUCAAGCGCUUCUUCAUGUCAUUGUCUAAAGGAAAUGGUAAAGAUGAAAAUGUGGAAGAGCAGCCUAAAACAACUAAGAAUGUCCAUAUCAUUGAUACUAAGUUGGACUCCAGCGAUCUCAUGCGCAUAAUCAAAAACCAGUUAAAGGUGAAGGAGGUCGAGGGUUCCGUUACUAAUGUCGAAAUUGAUGAAGAAUUCGCGUUGAUAAACGGUGUUGUUCCUUCAAGGUAUGCCAGAGGAAGAAAGUUGGUAUUCAAGAGUGAGGUGAUUGACUUGGUGAAUUCAUCAUCAUUGCAUCUUCAAAAGGUGAAGGGCUCUAAGAGAGCUAACAACUACUCCACGUCCAUGAGCGGAAAGAUCGUUCGUGCCCUUAAUUGGGACAUUGGUUACGAACAGCGUUUUCUAGCUAUUAACCCUUUGGGUGACGAAGUGAUCGUAUACCAAACCGAUAACGACGAUCCAUUACAAAACUCGGAAAACCUAGUCAAGGUUCACUCACACUCUGGAAUAGAGCACAUCCAAUGUCUCGGGUAUCUGAGAACACAUCCUGGUUGGACCGGUGUGGGUACUAUGGAUGGUAAUGUCCAUAUCUUUGACGUCAUGAAGAACGAAGCCACAACGUUGAAGCUCCGAUCGAAACAACAUCGUCCAUGUAACUCACUUUCGUUCAACAACAACGCUCUUGUGGCAGCCUCUUUCGAUAAGAGUCGUCAAGACAAUUCCCUUCAGGUUUGGGAUAUUGCUAAACACUCACAGGUCUUUGCAAACAGUGUGGAUGAUGAUAGCCAGGUGAUAAGGCCCCAUUACUCCUACUUGGCCAAUGAAGCGACCCUUUCAACGGCAUUUAUAGACCAUGAGGGCUCUGGAAUGAACCUUAUGGCCGGUGGAUACAAGCUUUUACGUGAGUUUGAUUUGAGGGAUUCAAGUACUUCCCCUGUUUACCAGGUGGCUACAAAACUGACCAUGGAUAUCACCUUGGACCCAUUCCAACUGCAUAUGUUUUCGUCAUUAAGCGAAGACGGGUCUGUCUCCAUCUGGGAUAGAAGAAAGCUCAUUGGUAAAUCGAAGGGAUCUGUCUCUUCUGAGACACCCGUUUUACAGUUUACCAAACUUUUGAGUGACCUGCUGCGCAGAAAUAACACACAAUGUUUCAGGUACUCCACUAUUAGAAGGGGUGAAUUUGCAUCUGUAUUCAACGGAAACCUUAUUAGAAGAUGGAAUACUGGUGUCGUGCCGCCAGUCAAAGAUCCCUUGAAUAUCCCAACAUUUACUGGUGGUGAUACUUUAUCAUCUCUCAAGUCACAAUCGAUGCAACUCUAUGCGCCAAACGAAGAGUCUCUCUUUGUUGCUCUAGUGCUUGACCUGAAAACUGACUCUCCUCGAGUUGUCUCAUUCGAUUAUUCUCCUGACUUUGAAUCUUCGACGUCAACCUACUUCGUAUGUAUGAGAGAAAAGGGCCUGGUCUUUAGAAUGCCUGUUGUGGAGAGUAUCGAGUCACUAGACUUCAAUUCUUUCAAUGAGUUCUCGAUGGCUGGUCCAGAAGGAACGGUGACGAAGUUUUGGGAGGACCGUGAGCAGCCCAUUCACGGUGGUACUACUGCCUCUGACAUGCAACGGUCAGACUCGAAAUUCACCUCGAAAAAUGAUUACCUGGUAGAGGCAGCUUCGACUAUUGAUGAUGAGGAAAGCACAGAGCCUGCCACUACGACAACCACUCCAGCGCCUAGUGCUCUGCCUUUGGACAUUGUCAAAUUCGAAGAUGAUGAAGUUAUUCCUUUAAAGAAGAUGCUAGAUCUCUCCAGUGUUCUUGCAAAUGAUACAUGUGGCUUGAUCAGACAAAGAGCCUUACUUGGAUAUGGAGUGGAUACAGAAAAAAAUAUUAAGGUCUUAGAGCAGGUUAAGGGAUUACAGACACCACUUCUGAUCAUGAACACAUGGAAAUGGUUGAAUUUAGCUAAGAAAUCGCUUGACAAGGGUACAAUGGUGAGCGAAGGAGUUGACUUGGGUUAUCUUGGUGUAUUGGGCGUGUGGAAGGGCAUUGAUGACAUCUCAGGCCAAAAGCGUGCUACAUUAAAGCAGCAAGUCACAGAUCAACAGUUUAAUAACUCCGUCAAGGCAAUCGUGUCGAAGAAGGGAGAAAAGUCGUCUGGUAUUAGUAUCUUCAGCUCGAGUGAUAGAAAAAUCCAAAGAAAACUCUGUUUAAUCGUCAGCGGAUGGUACCUCACUGAGCAUGAGUUUGACGAAAAGCUUAACUUUUUGAUCGAUUCUGGCGAAGUUGAAAAGGCUGCUGGUUGGGCUGUGUUCCAUGGCAAUGUUCCACGCGCCAUUGAAAUCUUAGCACUGUCAAAGAAAGAAAGACUUCAGUUGAUGUCGACCGCAGUAGCUGGAUACUUGGCAUACAAAGAUUCCAACGCCAACCUGCCGUGGAAUGAUCAGUGCCGAAAGCUAGCACUGGAACUAGACCACCCAUACUUAAGAGCGAUCUUUGCAUUCAUUGCUGAUAACGACUGGUGGGAUGUCCUAGAUGAACACGCGCUACCAUUGAGGGAAAGAAUCGGUAUUGCUUUGCGCUUUUUGUCUGACAAGGAUUUGAAUCUCUAUUUGAAUAGAGUUGCUGAUACUGUUGUACUUCGAGGCGAGCUUGAAGGUUUGAUCCUUACAGGUCUUACACCAAGAGGUAUUGAUCUUCUACAAUCGUUUGUGGAUCGGACCUCAGAUGUCCAAACGGCAUCAUUAAUUGCCCAGUUUGCUGUUCCACGAUACUUCAGGGAUCAACGUGUUGAUCACUGGAUAGACUGUUACAGAAACUUGCUCAAUUCUUGGGGUAUGUUCAAGGUGCGUGCACUUUUUGAUGUUGCAAGAACGAAACUGUCAAAAACGUAUAAUGGCACUCCAACGAUACGUCCCCCUCCACGCCAGGUCUAUUUGCAGUGUCCUAGAUGUAACAAGAAUAUGGGCACUCCCAGCUCCAAGACGAUGAAAGGAAACACUCCAUCUAUGAUGAAGCAGUUUAAUCGUCUUUCGUUGAAGACGAACAACUCAGAUACUAAACUGUGUCCUCAUUGUGGCUCUCCACUCCCGCGUUGUGCCAUUUGCUUGUUGAACUUGGCUACCCAGAUCCCUGACCAGGCAGAUUACGGCACUGGGGAUGCAAACAAACAACAGAUACAUCAAAAUUUCGACAACAAGCUCAGUUUCUGCUUGUCGUGUCAUCAUGGGUACCAUGCCCACCAUGCAGAAGAGUGGUUCCAAAAACAUUACGUUUGUCCUGUUCCCGAUUGCAACUGUCUAUGUAACAGUAAAUAG